GAAAGCAAGUCUCGGAUUCCAAAGGAAGAAGACAAAGGAUGUUCUCAUACUGAUGGCUCAUCUGCUCCUCAUCUUGAAGCAUUUCUUAUUAAUGGCCAAAGUCAGUUACAUCUCAUCUCUGCUUUUCUUUUUUCCUCGGAUAAUUGGACAUAACCAACCAGAUGUCAAAAAAACCUACCGAACUCGAAGCAGCCGCCCUCACCUCUUCCUGGUCAACCGCCCAACAGGCAGCUCUGUACCAUAUUCACCUAGCCCAGCAAACAGAGAGGGAUGAGCAGGAAGCACUGAAGAAACAGGAGAAAAAGGAGGAGAAGAAGAUGAAGGAGAUGGCCAGGCCGGAGGAUGUGGACGGGGGUGAGAUUGUUGAUGGUUGGAUCAAAGGAUUAUGUCCGCCCCUAUACGAUUUUUUGGAUCUCCUGGGCCCUCCGCACAUACUCAUCUGUAUCUUCAUCGUACUCCAUUUUGUCUAUUGGUGCAGGUACGCAGCCCCAUGGUAUCUUCAUUUCCUCAUACCAUGGAUGGAGAUCUACUUCAUUCCCAUGUACUGUAGCUAUAGAUCUAUCAUAUCGGGGCAAGAAAGGGUAUUAUGGUUGUCGUACUGGUCAAUCCUGUCUGUGGUGGAGUACCUUGAGCUCUUACUUUUCAGAGAUCAAACGAGAUCGCUCACUUGGUGGCCCAAGCUUAAAGUCUUGUUUUGUGUCACGAUGUAUUGCAUAAUUGAAAAUGAAGAUGUACUCGACUCAAAAGGCAAAGUGAAGAAUAAGAAGCCAGUUUAUGCAGCCAUCAAACUUUUUGAGAAGUUCUUACCUAAGCCGAGCAAGGAAAAGAAGAAAGAAGUCAAGAAGGAUGAGAAGAGAAAGUCAGAUCAAGAAACAUAGAGCACAUACAA